AAAGUGGAAGUGUCAAAGUCAGGUGGAAAUUGGUUGUUGUUUUCGUGAGUUUCUCGUGAAAAAGUGCAAAAAUCACGUGAAAUCACUCAUUUUUGCAGAAGAUUUUGGUUGGAGAAGUGAUCUAAAGCUCUCCUGUGCGGAAGAUCGGCGAAAAAAUGGAUCCAGCUCUGCUUCGCGAGCGGGAAGCCUUCAAGAAGCGGGCCAUCGCGACUCCCACGGUCGAGAAGAAGAGUCGUCCCGAGGGAUCUUCCCAGCAGAGAGAUGAGAGCAAGAAGAAGAUGCGGCCGCCGAGCAGCGGUCCGAAGCUCGACAGCACAAACUACAAAUCCAUGACCGGAAGCUCUCAGUAUCGCUUCGGUGUGUUGGCGAAGAUCGUGAAGCACAUGCGGACGCGCCAUCAGGACGGCGAUGAUCACCCGCUGACAUUGGAGGAGAUUCUGGACGAGACAAACCAGCUGGACAUCGGUUCUGGCGUCAAGAAUUGGCUGGCCAGCGAGGCUUUGGUGAACAAUCCCAAAAUAGACGUCAUAGAAGGCGCUCAGGGCAACAGAUUCGCCUUCAAGCCUGUCUAUCGGAUUCGUGACGGGAAGAGCCUGCUGAAGUUGCUGAAGCAGCAUGAUCUGAAGGGAUUGGGAGGCGUUCUGCUAGAGGAUGUGCAGGAAUCGCUGCCACACUGCGAGAAGGCACUGAAGAAUCGCGCCAGUGAGAUUGUCUACAUCACCAGGCCGAUUGAUAAGAAGAAGAUCCUGUUUUACAAUGACAAGACGGCGAAUUUCGUGGUGGACGAGGAAUUCCAGAAGUGUUGGCGAGCCGUGACGGUGGACGCGAUGGAUGACGGGAAGAUUGAUGAGUAUCUGGAGAAGCAGGGCAUCCGAUCGAUGCAGGAUCACGGCAUCAAGAAGCAGAUUAUGCCGAAGAGGAAGAAGCCGCCGAACAAGAAGCGCCAGUUCAAGAAGCCCAGAGACAACGAGCACUUGGCGGACGUGCUGGAGACUUACGAGGAUAACACACUGACGCAGAAGGGAGCCAGCGUCAGUGGGUAGAAGAGGAGAGAAGUGAAUAAAAUUUGAUAAUAGCCAUUGAGAA